UCCACCUCAUUUUACAACAGUGAUGAGAAGAAAUAGAAAUCUGCAGUUGCUUGAGCUUAACAGCUCUAUCGACAUUACAUAGCCAUCUACAACCAUGUUGAUAGAACUGGUCCUACGUAUGCUAGCACAUGAUCCUGGUUAUCAAAGAUGUAGUUAUCAUAGAAAGAAAGCAGAGAUAUCAGAUUAGCAGAAGAUUUUGACAUCUCACAUACAAUUGACGUUAACUUCUACUGUCCGAACGAGUAGUAGUUCAGCGAACUGAAACGAAAUGAGGACGUGUAUUUAGACAAUGUUAAUGCCUGAUUCGUGUGCCGUAGUGUGCUCUGAAAGCUUUAUAAAGUAAACUUUUGAACCGCAUGUCUCCACAGGCUUUGUUCUCCCCUGUGUAUCGACACUUCAUCAAACUACUCGAACGACUUCCACUAAAUUUAUGCUAUGAAGCUAGAGAUAUCCCAAGUUGUACAGGGGUGUCGGCUGGGAGCGCUGACGGGACUGGGAAAGACAGCCCAGCAUUCUCUGGAAACUCCUGGAUGCUUGCUGUACACUCGCUGUGGCUCAGUGCCUCAUUUGACUCAAGACACUCUACACACUCUGACCAGCCUUCCUGCCGUCACACAACUGACUCUGGCCACACUAGCAGAACAUCAGGAGGUGCUGGAGGAAUUUAAAGAAGGAGCAAGGAAGUUUGCAGGCCUUCAUGAUACAGUGGUGUACUGCUCGCUGCACGACCCAGCGGCCCCCAACCCUCCAGGUUACAUCACAAACAAGACGGUGUCGGUGUGGGGGAGCGGGGGUAGGAUCGAGCUGACCGUGGCUCGGUACAUGGCCCUCCAAGCGGCCAUCCAGCCGGAUUGGUACCAGAGCAUGGCUGACGGAGAGACAGGCCAGGAGAACACCUCGCGCAAGAGGGUGCGAAAGGCAGUGGACCGAACCCUCAGCCAUCUGGACGAAUGUCUCGUCCUCCACCAGAAAAUGCAGGAGCUGAAGGAGGUGGAGAUCUUUGGGGUGGUGGAGGGGGGAGACGUGAGGGAGGAGCGACUGCGGUCGGCGCGGGAGACGGCCAAGCGGCCAGUCACGGGCUUCGUUCUGGAUGGCUUCCAGUCGGGCGUCAUGGGGGCCGACCUGCGGAGCCAGCUGAUCGCCGCGACUACAGCUGAGCUGCCCCAGGACAAACCCAGGCUGCUACAGGGUGUGGGCCGCCCUGAUGAGGUCCUUGACUGUGUGGAAGCUGGAGUGGACCUGUUUGAGAGCUUCUUCCCUUACCAGGCGACGGAGCGAGGCUGCGCCCUCUGCUUCGACUUCAACAUAGAGCCCGACCCAGAGAGAGCAGGUACCAGGACCCCCACAGUACUCAACUCAGACAAGGAGGAAAUCAUUACAGGAGAGCUGCUGAGAGAGAAUGGUGACGGCAGCGGUGAUGCCCCGGGAAAGAUGACGUGCUUUGAGAAGGACCUGAGAGACAAGAGGUACCGCGAAGACUUCCGUCCGCUGGUGCUCGGCUGUUCUUGCUACUGCUGCCGCAACCACCAGAGGGCGUACGUGCACCACCUGCUGGUGACCAAUGAGCUGCUGGCGGGGGUGCUCCUCAUGCUGCACAACACUGCCCACUACCUGAGCUUCUUCCAGGCGCUGCGCCGGGCACUGGCCCAGGACCGACUCCCUGACCUCAAAAAGCAGGUGCUUCAAUGUCACCAGGGACAGUAGUCCUGUCACAGGGAUGGCACCACUUUCACAGGGACAUGGAUCUUAUCUGAGUCUGUUCUUUUUUUUUUAUAUAUAUAUAUGUGUAUAGCAGAUGACCUAAAAUACACUUUCCAACUCAGCCAAAGACAUUCACCUGGGAUGUUGAUUGUGAAACUUGUUUCCGUACACAGUAUAUGGCGCUAAAAAGACUUAUCACCCCAGCCUAUUUCACAGAGACAAAGAAAAUGCCAUCGCCAUUGUUGUCCUAAUGAGAGUCCUGGUAGGGUUGGCAUUUGGUGAUUAAUGUCUCUGAAUGCUUGGGAGAUUUGGGGACUUUGGGGAAGAUCUUAGUGUCAACGUGCCCCUAAUCAAACUGUCUCCAUUCAUUGUAAAUGCUAGGGUGAAACCAUAGACCCAUGUGGGACCACAGUUUGGAAGUGUGCUCUCACCUUGAAGCAGACUAAUUAAUAUUUUGCUGUCCCUGCACAAAGAAUGACCAGCAUCAGCUGUCUGCCCCCUGCUGUAUAAUUUAGUUUUGUUUGGUGUACCGCGAAGACCAUGUUUAGAAAAGGUUUCACCAGCAUCUCUCUUUAAAUGUCAGUCUGUGCAGGACGAUGCUCCUGCGCUCCUGUUCUCCUGUCCUUCCUUUUGUCUGUCAAAUUGGCCCUCAGGCUUCUCUAAAUUUAGCUCCAUUUUGUUUUUUAGCUGCGUCCCCCCCCCCCCCCCCCCCCUUAAAACACUUUUCUGCAUUUCAUUAUAUUUGUAUGCAACCAAGUAUGGACCCUUAUUAAAAUGUGACUUUUAUUUGUCAGUAGUCCUCUUUUUCUGUCUGGUGUUGAGUCUGGAGGGUAUCACAGGGCCAGUGACACUGAAGCCAUUCUGUCAGCACUUGUUGCGGCUGCUUUUCGACAAUCUCGGCUGAUGAGACGGGGCACUUUGUUGCCAAUUUUGCACCAAUACCUGCUGUGAGCCGAAUGAAUGGACGUUUGACAGGAUCUUCUGUGAAUGGGGCCUGAGAUUGCAAGCAUCAUAAAGGAAUCAUGAGGAAAGUGGCGCCUCACAAUGGCGUCUCCAUAACGAAGCAGAGGACUUCAGGCUCUAAUUUUACCCGCUGGGCAAGAGGCAAUAAGCUUGUCAUGAGCUUCUUGCUAGUGACAAUGAGAGAUAGUGCCUCAGUAUUUAAAGGCUUUGUGAAAAGGUGUGUGUUUGUAUGUGAGCACACAUGUGAAUGUAUGUUCGUGUAUGUAUGUGUGUGAGCAUGUGAGUGUGUUUGCCUGUGUAUGUAUCUGUGAGUAUGUAUAAACGUAUGUGUGAGAGUCUAUUUGCUUGUGGGUAAGUGUAUGUGCUGGUGCAGGUAUGCACACUCACACAGUGGAAGCUAUAUUGCUGCUUCAAGAUGCUGAGUGACCGUUUGCCAUAUUUCUGCUUUAAAAGUGGCCGCCGCUCCAUGACAUGCUCCCAGCAGGUGGUCGCCACUGCAUGUUUUAGUCAAUUACCGACAGGGAGGGUGUGAGUAAGAUCAUUAAAAGUUUCCCUGGCUCUCCACUCUCCCUCUGCGAACUUCACUUUCCUAUUUUUCCAGGCUUCAGUCACAAGAUAAAUGAGAAGUCUACUGCCCAGCUAAAGUGAGCGAGCUCUAGAGGAAA